AUGAAGAAGAAAGAGGAAGGGGAAGAAGAAGGAAGAAGAAAGAAAAGGGAAGAAGAGGAAGGAGAGGAAGAAGAGGAGGAAGGGGAAGAAGAGGAAGAAGGGGAAGAAGAGGAAGAAGGGGAAGAAGGGGAAGAUGAAGUGCUGAAUGUGUUGGAUGAAGAAGGAAGAAGAAGGAAGAAGAAAGAAAAGGGAAGAAGAGGAAAGACAAAGAAGGAAGAGGAGGAGGAAGAAGAAGAAGGGGAAGAAGGAGAAGAAGAGGAAGAAGGGGAAGAAGAGGAAAAGGGGAAGAAGAGGAAGAAGAGGAAGAAGAGGAAGAAGGGGAAGAAGAGGAAAAAGGGGAAGAAGAGGAAGAAGAGCAAGAAGAGGAAAAAGGGGAAGAAGAGGAAGAAGGGGAAGAAGAGGAAAAAGGGAAAGAAGAGGAAGAACAGGAAGAAGAGGAAGAAGGGGAAGAAGAGGAAGAAGAGGAAGAAGGGGAAGAAGAGGAAGAAGGGGAAGAACAGGAAGAUGAGGAAGAAGAGGAAGAAGGGGAAGAAGGGAAAGAAGAGGAAGAAGGGGAAGAAGAGGAAGAAGGUUAUGGGUGAAGAAGGAAGAGGAAGGGGAAGAAGAAGGAAGAAGAAGAUAGAAAAGGGAAGAAGAGGAAAGAAGAAGAAGGGGAAGAAGAAGAGGAAGAAGGGGAAAAAGGGGAAGAAGAGGAAGCAGGGGAAGAAGAGGAAGAAGGGGAAGAAGAGGAUGAAGGGGAAGAAGAGGAAGAAGGGGAAGAAGGGGAAGAAGAGGAAGAAGAGGAAGAAGGGGAAGAAGUGA